GACACGUCCUCGUGGGGCCCACGCACGAUGCCCCCUACAUGGCCCUACUGUGCUUCGCUAACGGCUCGCUGACGAGGCAGAACCACCGCGAUCGCUUGGCUGGACCCAGCUGGGAUGCGUUCAAUGAUUUGUUAAGAGCGACUGUUAGAGGCAACAUGGGAUAUAUGGGCGUGUACUUUGACACCGCGGAAAUAGUCCCACGGGCGGCGCCGGGCCGCUGGCUUCGGGACGCGAACGGGCGCGCUAUUGACCGCUUAGCGCCGCAGUUUGAAGCGCGCGCGCUACUAGAGGGACAGGCUUUAGCGCGCCGCGCGCACGCUGAAGAUAUGGGAUUCACGCUGGGUGAGUGAGAAAUAACAAGCAUGAUAUCCACCAAAACGGAGAGGAGAGGAAACGAAAGGAGACGUUUUGAAUAACCAAUCGGAUUUCAGCGGGUACCUCUACCCUUUUGGCAGAUUGAGCCCCA